AUGGACCAACCUCAACCAAAACCGUCACCAAGAAACUCACCCACGCGGGGGAAGGUGCCCGAGGUAUACUGGGCAGAUGAUGACCAGGAGGAUGAGCGAGGAAACGCAGAAGACUCGCAGUAUACUUUCUUUCGUGAAGGAUCACCAACACCGCCAGAGUACGAAAAGGGCCUUGCGGCUGAGCGAGCUGCUGCAGGCGGAUCGGUAACUGGAAGUUAUGCGGCCUCUCGUUCUACAGUUGGCGGCAGUCUACCGCCGGCUGAAGAAUCCCGAGGCUGUCUCGGCAAGUAUCAACAAAGAUGGGUGUGGGCCUUGGUGUUGGCUUAUCGAGGUCGUCAAAGUCGUCGUCCAGCUCAACAGCACCUGGACCAUCGAGCCUAUUCCGAUUGUCCCGCCGCCAACAACACGAUGCACAGGAUUCCCGGGCUGGCAAAAAGCUUUUUGCGUCUUUGCGGAGUCGACUACACCGCAGACGACCUCGGCAACUUCCUCGCCGGCGAUAUGGCCGAGUGUAUCGAUGCCUGUGCGGCCAUGGAGAGGUGUAGCGGCUGCUCUUGGGGCUAUCUGGAUGGUGACAAGGGCAACAAACACCGGUGCUGGUUGAAGAGCAAUUUGCAGACUGCCAAGGAGCAACCGAGUGAUUGGUGUUUUGCGAUGAUUCCCCGAUGA